ACUCCUGUGCAUUGUAUCCAGGAGUCCCAGCCUAGGAGGGAGGUGAAGCUUGAACUUCAGUCUCACCUCACUUGCAGUACGCUAUAUAAGUCACAUGGCACACCUAAGCCUGUGUACUUAGCAAUAAACAAGACCGUGCCCAUUUUACAAGGCCGGUGACAGAUGAGCAUACUACCUUACUCCCCAUACUUUUGUUGAGACACCAGGAAACACUUAUUUGGUUGUGAGCUUACACGUAACUUGAGAGAAGCCACUCAUCUGUCAUGGAGGAGCCUGAACAGGACAUCAAGGAGAAGCUGGCAGGUGAAGAAAGUCAAGGCACGAAUCCACACUUGCCGACUGACGCGUGUGACGACCAAGCUGACACCAUGGGUGCAGAGCUGGUGCUUAAAGUAAGAAUUCACAACUCCAAGGAAAAUGACUUCAUUGAAAUUGAACUGCACAGACAAGAGCUGAGUUAUCAGAACCUACUACAAGUGAGCUGCUGUGAACUGGGGAUCCACCCAGAGCAAGUGGACAAGUUGAGGAAGCUGCCAAACACACUGCUUAGAAAGGACAAAGACAUUCAAAGACUCCAGAACUUUCAGGAGAUAGAACUCUUGGUGAAGAGUGGAAACUCUGAAUGGACUCAGCACACAGCAUCACCCUUGACGGAGAGACCCUGCUACAACAGUGAAGCUGCAAAACUGACUUACUAGCUCCACGAGAGAAGGAUCUGGAAUCAUUGUCAAUACGAGGCCUAGACCCAUGUGACAAUUAGCUAACCACAUUUGAACUUUGAAAAAUUUCCUCAUUUCUGACCUCUCUGAGCAGGAAUUGUUUGACAAACACAGCUACAGUACCCAUGAGAGGCCAAGUUGAUUUUGAAGUGCUGUACCCCAAUACUGACACUCUACUACUGAGCUGCAUAUACGCCCAGCCCCACUUACCUAUCAAAUGGAAUGACUUAGGAUCUGAGUAAACAACUAACUUCUCAAGGCUGAGACUUGUGAAAACAGCUCACACCACUGUAGUUGGAGGUGGCUUCACUAGCUUACUCAAAGGUUGGUGGUUGUCAUAUGCCCAUCUAGUCUUCUGAAGUCCACUUUUGGCCCGUCUUAGAUGGCUGUAACUUGCCCACAUUCACUCACCCAUUCCUCUUUACGUAGCCAUAUCUCCUCAACUAUCCAAUCACCUCUGAUCGUUAUGAAAUGAGUUUAAUUAAAACACCAGGGCUCCUCACAGACCCACACAUUCCAUUUGUAUUCCCAGCUCAGAGUCCUGUCUCCUUAUCACUGACUUCCCAGCAGCUGAGAUUUGAGGGAAAUUGGGAAAGGCAGAGCAGGCACUACCCAACUAUUGGAGGAGUACAGCUUACAGUACGGCCAUGUGCUUGGUAUCAGAACUCUAAUGGAAGGGGCACUAUCAGGACAUGCGCUUUGGAAGUGUUCCAGCUCCAGUAACGACUGACUGACGACAGGAAGGAGCCCCAAGUGACAACUGCCCUGUGCUUCACUUUCAGUAAUGAGGAAAAUUUAGCAGGGGUGUGAGAUUGGUUAACAGCUAGAAAUCACCAUUAGCAGAACACCGAGAACUAUUUUUAAAUUAAUACAUUUGUUUAGAAUAAGUUUUAAUUGAAACACGACAAAUUUAUCCUAAGGGCAGAAUCUAUGUAGGUGUUAUCCAGUGGCUACAGUGUGAACAGUAAUUCAACCACAAGGCUAAAGAGCAAAUUCUUACCUGCUCUAAGUAAAUAAGCACACUCCAAGACAAACAAAAUGGGGGGCGGGGGGCGCACACACAGGGCUCUAGUAGCCCAGGGGGCUUUAGACUUCCUGUGUAGCUGAGGGAUGUCCCUGAACCUCUCAUGUGCUGGGAUUACAGAUUCAAAGACCCCUUUCUUUAAGUCCUAAAACAAAACCUGAGAGUUUCAAAAGGAAGUACAGUUAAGUUUUACUUUGUAUCUUGAGUGUAAAAACAAGAGGAAAGAACUCCAAUAACUCUCAGUUUUAAGUGGUAUGAACCAUGCAGCAGAAUAUUAGACUAAGAAGCCCCAGAGCAUGUAUGGGUUACAAUAAAUUCAACACCCUUGACUCCCUGGUGCACACAACCUGUUUCUUUACAGUGACGGUGCUUGUUAAGUCAUGCACCUCCUUUUGUGCUGUGCUCGUGGUGGUAGUCCAGGUACAGCUCCCACGAGACGACAAGAAAUAAGGGGUGGGGGCGGGGGACAGGGGGCGCUGCUCCUGUUCUCUUCACUGACCCACCCCAUUACUAAGAUUACUAAGCAUGCCAGGCAACGGUGGUGCACACCUUUUUGAGGCCAGCCUAGCCUACAGAGCGAGUUCCAGGACAGCUAAAGCUACACAGAGAAACCCUGUCUCAAAAAAACAAAAACAAACAAACCAAAACCAAUCCUCAAGCUCACCUCAAAAGGGCUGAAUCUCACCUGAGGAGUAGGAUGUGGUGGAGUAAUUGCUAGGAACUAAUUCUUGGCUAUGUGAACCCUGAGCAUAUAUCUGUUCGGGGUUUUCAAGUCCUGAUCAUUUUGUCUUAAAGAGUCAACAUUUUUGCUAAUACUUCAUGGUACUUAACCCUUCCCUGGAAAGCUACUUAGGAUAGAAGCAGCCAUUCCCUGGUUGCCACCUAAAUGGAAAAAGGGAAAAAAAAAAAAAGGUAUCACACACUGUGUGCAUGCCUUGUGUGUAGUGUAAGUGUGGUGGUGUACUUAUAACCUAAGCAGUUGGGAGAAAGAUUUCCAAUUUCCAAGCUAGCUUGGGCUACACAGUGAGACCAUUUAAAGAAUGAAAGGAGAAAGUGUGCCUUUUAAAAUCUGCCAUGCAUUAAGGUUAAUUUAGUAUGUUUAUUAGUCACUACCUACACCAAAACCUUUCCCACUUAAAAAAAUUUUUAUUAAGAAAUAGCAAAUACACAAAAGCACACAAACAUACAAUUCAAAAAGAAAAGAGCCCGCCCAGCUUGAGAGAGGAGUGGCCAUUCCUCUGAAAACCCUUUUGCCCUCCAAGGUCAUUCUCAAAGGAGCCACUAACUGAUCUGUAUGUCAACUGUUUGACAUUUCUUUCAUUUCUCAAUGUAUUUUUAACAGCCUGGUUUGACCUUUACCAAAGUGAACCACAAUGAAUAGAUCCUUCUGUGGCUUGCGUUUUGGGGAUAUUAUUAUAUCUUGCGUCAUCCAUGGUCACAUGUGAAGCCAAAGUUCAUGUUCACGCCUGUGAAUUCCGUGGUGGGGAAGUGUCACACUAGUUAUCCAACACAAGUGCUGAUGGGAUCUUCCCAGGGUUUUGUUGGUUUGGGUUUUCUUUUCUUCAUUACACAAGAUGACAUUAAGACAUUUGUUCAUCCAUCUCCUGGCACAUUUAAGAGUUUUUCAAGAGUAUGUACCUAGGGCUGAAUACAGCACUUAGCUGUGCCGCACUGUUUGCAAAGUUGCUCCUAAACAACCUGUUGAUAGACAACUGAUCUACUUGGUAUGGCUAAGGGGAAGAAAUAGAUCAACUAUGAAACUCUGGAAAUGCAUUUUAAUAGAAAAUCCAUAAUUCUGACACAAUGAAAAUGUCAUUUACCCUGUUUCAGCUAACUUGAAACACACUCUUUAAAAGCAACAUGAUCAACUUCAAAGUGCUGUAUCCUACAUCUCAAAUAAAUGUUUCCAAAUAUAGUAACUGAAAAUGGCAAAUUUAGAACAUAUAUGAUGGACACCAUCAUAUAUAAAAAAGAUAGAUAGAUAGAUAGAUAGAUAGAUAGAUAUAGAUAGAUAGAUAGGUAGAUAUAGAUAGAUAGAUAGAUAGAUAGAUAGAUAGAUAGAUAGAUAGAUAGAUAGAUAUUGUGUAUUCCCCACCUCCUACUUCUUGCCCCAUCCAAGUGCUUGAAAUAGGCAACAUUGGGAACUCUUAGAGGAGCAGACAGGCAGGAGCAAAGGAAGACACAGAUCACCGAACACUUCGGCUGUAGCUUUUAGACCAAGAACAGGCAUUACAAUUGCAGUUAUCAAACAAGUUAAAAUGCAUAGUCAUCCUGGGUCCUUUCACAAGCAAAUAAAAACCAGUCAAAAACACAAGCUUAAAACUCAACCCUGAAUGAAGAAGUGUCACCCCAUAGAAUGUUUCAUGCACAUAAAAAGUUAGGCAUAUUCAUAUCACUCAUCUACAAUGCAUCUAUGCAUCUUUAAAAAUGUAACAGAUGUGAACUCAAAAAACUUCACUACAAAAUUUUCAGUUUGUACAUCCCUAAAAUCUUUAAUUAGAUGGCUCAGCUUAAAGGUUAUAUGAGCCAUGUUCUUAGACCCUGGAAUGACCUUUGGUCCUCCUGUGACACUAGCUGCAUUCAAGGUGUGAAAGGCUCUAGAAGAAACUCUCUCAGCAGAACAGCAUGAACAACUUAACAGCUCAUGAUUACAAAGGUACAAAAGUGGUAGCUGGGAUCUGCUGCAGAGGCCAUCUGUCUAGUCUGUCUACACUCUCCAGGAGAUGCUCGUCUUCUGUCCUUUGGAGAUUUACAAGGUAAAGGGCCAUCAGUCUGAGAACUACAGAGUAAACGCUCAUCAGAUUUUACAAUGAGCUAUUUGGGGAGCCUCCUCCUUCAGAGACAAAUUAACAACAUAACUGAGACUUGCUUAAGAAUACAGAGGAGUAGACAUACACACACACACACACACACACACACAUGCAUGCAUACACACUUGUGCACCCCACCCUACCCCAUACGCAGACACAUGCACACAUACAGGAACUAGCUAUGGCUAUGAGUCUUACAGGAGAUAAGUUAACAGAGAUUGAUUAUACUCUUAUGAGGUAAAAAAAAUUCCAAAAUAAAAAGCACUUUAAAAAAGAUUAACUGUUUGCUCUGAUUUCAAAAUUACACAGUAAUUGGAUUAAAACUAGCUCUCCAAAAAGACAUGACACAUUCACAAUUCUCUCUCUCACACACACCAAAUGACAGAGACAGCUAUUUGGUCUACACAACAGAACUGCUUCUUCUAGUAAGUUAGUUCCUAGCUUCUACACCAGACACCAAUGAUCAAGUCUUUUCCAAUCUUAGAUCUGCAUCAAUAGAUCCAAGUGUUCACAGGAGCCCAUUGCUGUACUCAUUUCAAUUCACUGUUAGUCUAGACAUGGCAGAAGAAAGCAAUCUGGCAUUUAGUACUUGAGCAGAUUUCUUACAUUAUGUUCUUAAUACAACAAUGUCAUCGAACUACAUGCUACACAAAGCAGAGCUUAGUCAGGUGACUUUGCGUCUGCAAGACUGUUGUUGACAACUGCCUUCAUUUACACCUGCCUUAACCUCCCACAGCUUCAGAAACAGCCUCCCCACCAACUGCUGUAUCUCUAGAUCAUCUGGGGAGCCAAGAGGGCUCUGUCCCCAUUAACAUUUCUCAUAUAGUGUCUCUGGAAGUGAUGGCUUCAUGAUUCGUCCAAGUUUGGCAGAGAGUUUUUACUUAAUAAAUCCUGUAACGAUCCACAAUGCACACUAGAAGGAACACAGUGGCACAACAGUGAGAAGAGGCCGAGACCCAGUCUCCAAGCCCUACACUGACCGACAUGAAGCCGCUCCCAGAUGAGACGUGCUGCUCAGUUUCUUUACCUAUAAACUGAUGUCAGUACUGAGAGAAGCUGUAAGUCACAGGAACUGCUAUUAUAUAUAUAAACAUACGUACUUGGGGAUAAUAUUUUAUACAUAGUCGAUGGAGCUAGGUAUAAACAUGCUGCUACUUCCAUAUGAAAUUAUCACCUGCUUUAUUUUUCAAAUAUCCUUGUUAUAUACACUACACACCCCAUACACAGAAAUAUAUACAUUUAUAUAUGCUAAGACUGGGUUAAAAGAAAUUUUUGGUGUAGGAUUUAAAGGGAAAAACCUAGCUGAAAGUUUCUGAAUGUUUGCCUACAUUGUUUCAUAGUUCGACAGAGGAAGACAGUUUCUAAGGUUAUUCAGAACCUUUCGCUGCUAAAGAAACCUCUCAUGGUGUAAAAAUAUAUUCUAGUUCACUGUACACCUUUGCUAUUAAAAGCAAAUCCAGAUUUAUGCAUAACCACCCAAAAUUGAAGCACCAUUAAAACAUCAAGUGGGAAGGUCUAUAAAAAUUACCCUUCAACAGGACAAGUUAGAAAAACUGUUCACUAACACUUGUAGUAAUAGUGUGCCUCAUAUUUAAAAACAAGGGACUAGAUUGGAGUCAAUAGCUUUAUUAGAAAAAGAUCAAUACUAAACCUUUCAAUGACACAGACAAUCAACUCUGUAACAGAAAGUCAGAGAUACUUUAUUGUCACUUCUAAAUCCAAAGGCUAAGUAUAGCAGAAGUGUAAAAAUGGAAUCCCACUCAGUCUGCUUCACACGAAUACUAACAUUUAAGCCCGUUUUCAAAGUCCCAGACUGAAAACUUGCCAUUAAACACUGAGCAAGCCACAUGUUUAGGUAAUAUUUCUUAAAAAGUCUUAAAGAAAAAAAUAUGAUACAGGACCUAAGUUUUCAAAGUGGCAUGUGUGCUAAUAACACAUUUUCUGAAAUCUGGUAGGUCACGACAGUCCUGAAUUAAUUUUUAAUAAUAAUAAUAAAAACAAAUAACUAACUGAGCUUUAUACUUCUCUAUGCCACUAGAGCUUUCUUUCACCUCAUUUUAAUGUCGAUCUUCACUUUAUGCCGUUUUCAGUAUUCUUCAAAAAAUCUUCAACAGUAGUCCUACAAUGCAAAAUGUGGGGAAAAUUGAUAAUUAGACAGCAUAUAAAAGGUAAAAUUUUAUGACUAAGUGUUGGCCCAGUCGCUAACUGCUAAUCAUGACACAUGUGUAUUUGAAAUGUCUGUAUUGUCUUUACAUCAAGGCAUCAACGUGGUUCUUAGAGCCAUGUGCCUGUGUAUGCUGCCUCUGUGGGAAUGGUCCACAGACACAACUACGCUGCUUUUCUAAAACAGGAAUUCCACCAACAGAUCAACUAAUUGGUACUUUCUUUCAUUAGGAUUAUUUCAUCCCACGCCACUAGCCCGAAGAUUGAAGUUAGAGGUUUUAAGAACACCUAUGAAACCUAGCUUUAAAAAGUUCUUUAAGAACCCAACCUCAUCUGGUCAUCAAUCAGAUCUUCGUGUCACUGAUCCAAAGUCUGUCUUUGCUAGAUGCUGUUGCUUUCAAUGUCUCAGCCAGUGACUAUUCCUCUAUACUAUGGCUGACUGCAAAUUCUCCUACACAGUAGGAAAUGUUAAACACAUACCUCUUAAAGACUUGAGAAUUGCACUGAAUGUAACAAGGCGGAUAAUAUGAGGUGUUUAUUGUAUUUAAAAUUCUUUAAAGAUAUCUAAUUCUGGGCACCACUGCAUCCCUACACACAGUUGAAAAAAAAUUCCAUUCUGUUAACAUAUGAUUUGUAGAUUUCACGCAAUACACAAAAAAACCCCUCUGUGCUUCUUGUAAAGAACAAAAAGGAUACACAACAGUUAAGCGUAAAGGUCACAGGCAAUAGCAUUCAAACACGGAUGUGGGUAGAGAAAGGAGUACCUGGCAUGAGUACCUGCUUAGUUUGACUGAAUCCUUGAUUUCUAAUUUGGCUUUUCAUGGGCCGCUCACAACACCAACGCUGUGUGAGGUAUGGUAGUCAGCUGCAAUAAUUCAUAAACCCUACACUUCCAUCAAUCCAAUGCUACUGGCUCUCGAGUUACAGAACAAACUGCAUUAGAAUGCAAGGCAAUAAAGCAAAAAACUA